GGAACAGCCCCGCAAGUUGGAGCAUGUUAUCAAGGUCACCCAUGCAUGCCUCAACCCACAGGAUCCUUCACCAGACGUCCGUUGUGAUGUUGUGAAAGAGGGUGUUGAUAUUCUCCACACACUCACCAUCUUCCUUUCAGACGGGGAGAUCUGUAAACAGUUCUGUCCAUACCAGGGGUUGUAACCAAAAUUAUUUUGUUCUGAACUGCCUUUUUUUUUUUUUGUCUCAGCAAAAUAAAGUUCUGACUGGUUUGAACCCCACAAAAGUGCUGGUUUAUAUACCUUUCUGUUCCUUUUUUAACCUGUGAAAUGAAUUUUAAAAAACCUAUCUUAUUCAAUUUCUUCACCAAUCAGUGCAGAUUGAGCAGACCAGCUAGUUCUUUACAUGCAUGAUGGACAGACAAGUGUAGCCUAUGAUGCAAAUGCGACUGAAAUUUUGCGGGAGUGGUGGAGGCUUGACGUGCUGGGCAUCUUGUUAUGCAUAAUCUGAAUUAGGUCCACAGAGUAAUACUUAACUUCUAAGUGAUCCCUUCCCGCUCAGAUCCCGAUAACGGGAUUGAUUUGUCAACAUCCAGUGAAAUUGCAGCGCUCCAAAUUUAAAAACAGAAAUACUCAUAAUAAAAAUUAACAAAACAUACAUGUAUAAUACAUCAAAAUAAAGCUUAACUUCUUGUUAACCAAGACGCAGUGUCAGAUAUCAAAAAGGCUUUAUGGCAAAAGCAGACCAUGCUUUGGACAUUUCAACCAGCCAGGUGCGACACAAAACUCAGAAAUAACGAUAUAAUUCAUGCCUUACCUUUGAAGAUCUUCUUCUGUUGGCACUCAAAUGUCCCAGAAACAUCAAAUUGUCAUUUUGUUUGAUAAAUUCCUUCUUUAUACCCCAAAAAUGUCCAUUCAUUUGGCACACUUGAUUCAGAAAAUACACCUGUUCCAACUCGCCCAAGUAUCUAAUAAGUUACCUGUAAACUUGGUCCAAACAUUUCAAACAACGUUCCUAAUCCAAAUUUAGGUAUCGUAAAACGUAAAUAAUCUAUACAAUUUAACACAGAAUAAACUGUUCAAUACCGGAUGAAAACAAAGUGAAGCGCGCACCAAAAGACGAGAGUCCACCUGGAGUGACACAUGGAAAGAACAGGGCUACUUCUUAAUUUCUCAAAAGAAAAACAACCCAUUUCUAAAGACUUGACAUCUAGUGGAAGCCAUAGGAACUGCAACUAGAUUCCUAUUAAAAAGGGCUUACCAUAGAAAACUAAUGGAAAACAGAUUGACCUCAAAAAAACAUUUCCCUGGGUGGAUUGUGUUUGGGGUUUUGCCGGCCAAAUCAGUUCUGCUAUACUCACAGACAUUAUUCAAACAGUUUUAGAAACUUCAGAGUGUUUUCUAUCCAAAUCUACUAAUAAUAUGCAUAUCCUAGCUUCUGGGCCUGAGUAGCAGGCAGUUUACUUUGUGCACACUUUUCAUCCGGAUGUGUAAAUACUGGCCCCUAUACCUAAGGUUAACCUUUCUGGUAAGGGGGUUCCGCCAGCGGAACACCUGGCCUAAAGCCAGUGAAAUUACAGGGCGCCAAAUUCAAACAAAUCUGAUUAACAUUCCUCAAACAUACAAGUAUUAUACACCAUUUUAAAGAAUCCAAACAGUGUCCGAUUUCAAAAAGACUUUACGGCGAACCACACCAUAUGAUUAUUAGGACAGUGCCUAGCCACAAAAAACCAUAGACAUUUUCCAGCCAAGGAGAGGUGUCACAAAAGUGAGAAAGCGUUAAAAUUAAUCACUAACCUUUGAUCUUCAUCUGGUGGCACUCCCAGGACUCGAUGUUACACAAAUGUUUGUUUUGUUCGAUAAGGUUCAUCUUUAUGUCCAAAAACCUCAAUUGAAAUUGACGCGUUAUGUUCAGAAAUGCGUCGUCUCAAACAAACAUCCGGUGAAAUUGCAGAGAGCCACAUCAAAUUACAGAAAUACCUCAUUUUUGUCCGCGCAUUUAGUUCAGUAAUCCAAAUGCACAAAGUCCAGACGAAAAGUCAUAAAAGUUCCAUUAAAGUUUGUAGAAACAUGUCAAACAAUGUUUCUAAUCAAUCCUUGGGGUGUUAUCAUAAAUAUUCAUUAAUGUUUCAACCAGACAAUACUGUUUUCAUUAGAAAGGAAAGGGAAAGAACGUCCGUGAUAAACAACUCAUGGCUUUCAGCUGAGCCACUUGCUUUGAGUGGUCUUAUUCUCUCCCCUUACACAACAGAAGCCUGAAACAACUUCUAAAGACUGUUGACAUCUACUGGAAGCUUUAGGAAGUGCAAUCUGACCGCACAGACACUGGAUAUUUGAUAGGCAUUCACUUGAAAACUACAAACCUCAGAAUUCCCACUUCCUGGUUGGAUUGUUCUCAGGUUUUCGCUUGCCAUAUGAGUUGUGUUAUACUCAGACAUUAUUUUAACAGUUUUGGAAACUUUAGUGUUUUCUAUCCAAAUCUACUAAUUAUAUGCAUAUUCUAGCUUCUGGGCCUGAGUAACAGGCAGUACUCUGGGCAUGCUUUUCAUCCAAACUUCCCAAUGCUGCCCCCUUUCCCAAUCCAUCAAGGUAACUAGGCCUAUAGUAUCCUUAACUAACAUUGGAAAAACAUGUAUCCAUUCUUCUCUCGCCAAUUACAAAUCUAUCUCCCUAUCUUCUGAAUAAUGCUUCUAACGUCGGUACCGUAGCCUAUGCUUCAGAGGGGGAAGGGCAGGUAACCGGCACAGGCAAAGAUUUUUAGGUUGCAAACAGACACCGGAAUAAGUUUGAGUGACCCAGUGAGGGCGUUGCAUGGACGUUUUGUUGGGACUAGGAAAAAAGUGCCUGGAACAUAAAAUAGUGUUAUUAACUGGUUCCCAUGCUUUUAAAAUAAUGGUUUUGUUCCGGAACAGUGGAUCAUUUUCAUUCCAGGUUCUAUUUCCGUUCCUUAAAUGCCAUUGUUUUCGGUUCUGUUCCCUUAACCGGAUCCAACCCCUGAUCCAUACUCACUGCUUUGAUCUGUAGAAAUUUUAAAGCUAUCCUGCGCUUUGGGGUUUUCCUUUUUCUCAAUCUUACCUUUACCAUCAUGCUCCUUUUAAGUGCUUAAAUUGUUAUUACAAAGUAAGAAAUUGGGUGUUCUGAGGCAGUUGUACCUCCUUGAAGGUAAGACUGCGUAAAGGGAAAGCAAGAGGUGUGAGUGAGACAUGAGGGGUGAGAGAAUGCCUCCUAGUGAGUAAUGCCUGUCUCCUGCCUGUCCUCUCAACCUCAGGCUUACCUGCAACAAGCCCAAGACCUGGUCAUUCUUGAGAGCAUUAUACUCCAGACCCUGGCUUUUGAAAUCACCAUUGACCACCCACAUACUCAUGUUGUCAAGUGCACCCAGCUCGUCAGAGUUGUCCCAGCGAGUAAGGAUUUGGCCCAGACCUCAUACUUCAUGGCUACCAACAGCCUACACCUGACCACAUUCUGCCUGCAGUACAGCCCACCCAUAGUGGCCUGCGUCUGCAUCCACCUGGCUUGCAAGUGGUCCAACUGGGAGAUCCCUGUCUCCACAGACGGCAAGCACUGGUGGGAGUAUGUGGACAAUACUGUCACCCUUGAGCUGCUGGAUGAGCUCACUCACGACUUCCUACAGAUCUUGGAGAAGACACCAAGCCGAUUAAAACGCAUUCGCAACUGGAAAGCGGCAGGUCAGACAGUGAAGGGAGGGAAGUCUAAGGUGCCAGAGGACGGGGACCAGACAGAUUGUAUGAUGAGCAUGAUCUCCAUGUCGUCCUCUGAGACAACGCUGGCCAGCCUCUCCAACCCUUCCUCUUCAUCCAUGGCUCCCAUACUACUGGAGCUCAAGUCGACCCUGGGCAGUGGUUCCGACCAGCCCAACCAUGUCGAGCUGCACGCCCCAGCCAAGGUGUCACUGAGUGAGUACCGGGCCAAGCACGCUGAUGUCCUGGCUGCUCAGAAGAGGAAGCUGGAGAACAUGGAGGCCAGCGUGAAGAGGGAGUAUGCCUCGGCAGCCCAAGCUCUGAUAGGCCAACAUCAGAGGAAGGAGAAGUACCACCGUGAUCAGCCGCAGUCCAGCUCCCACCAUUCCAGCUUAGCCUCCUCUGACCUCAGCAGCCCCUCGCCCAUCAUCCUCAAGAUCCCCCUGGAAAAGGAGAGGGGCGAGCGCAGCUCCCUGAAGAUGCGCCUCCCUCUGGGGACUGGGGGAGGAGGGGGGCACAGUGGAGGAGGGAACAGAGGAGCCGGAGGAGAACAGGACAUCAAAGUGAGAAUCCGGGUGCCUGAGAAAGUACGCAGUGCAGGCUCGGGAGAGGAGGGGGGCAAGAGUAGGGAGGGCAAGCAUCGAGAUCGCUCCCACCACCACCAUCACCACCACCACCAUCAUUCAUCGUCGUCUUUGAGUGGUGCUUCCGUCUCUUCGUCCUCGUCACAUAAACACUCAGCCAGUGCUGCUGGAGCUGCAGGAGGAAGUGGUAGCAAAAAGACCCCCAGUGACUCAUCUAGAAUGAGCUCCUCUUCCUCUGCUUCUCGAAAGAGGACACACUCCACUGAGUCCCAGGGAUCCCACCCCUCCAAAGUCUCUAAGUCCUCCAGGAACUCAGCCUACCAGCUACCUGCUCUGUUAGCUGCCUCCAGUGCACACUCCCUGGGGGCGCAAACUGCUGAGAUCCUCCCAUCCCUGGGUCUCCCCUCCCUCCACCAGGGAAACUUCUCUCACUCCAAGGGGGACAAGACUGACACUAACGGACACAAUGCAGGCGGGGGAAGCCAGUCAAAUGAGUACCAGGACACAUUUGAGAUGCUGAACUCUUUACUGAGUGCUCAGGGGGUCCAACCUGCUCAGCCUCCCAUGUUUGACUACCGGUCUCAGUACGGGGAGUACAGAUACAGUGGAGGGUCGAGGGGGGGCUCUCGACCGCCACCCCUGCCUGCUGAACCUCCACCCCCGCUACCCCCUUUACCCAAAUGAUCCCUGAUGAAGGGGUGAGUUACUGACAGUAUCUGUAGACGCCUCCACAUCCUUCCAUAAGACAUUUGCACUGUGACUUUGGGUCCCUUUAUGUGUUUGAAGGAAUCAUGUUGUGGUUUUCAACUUGACAGCAAAGAAAUGUACUUCCAAUACAUACUUAUCAGUGAUGCAUGUACAGAAGUUUCUCCCUUGUUACAUCAUCAUAUCCAAUACAUCUGUGGGGCAAUAACAGGUGUGAAAGAAAACAAAAUGAAUUUAUUUAUAAAAAAAUGUAAAUACUAUUUUUGAUGUUAUUCAUUUUUGUAUUGUGAUAUGAACUCAAAUCCAAUUUAAUGGAAUGACUGGACCUGAUACUUUAAACAUGGCUGUUUAAGUCAUUUUGAAUGCACAGAAGAAGAAACAAACUUGUCUGCUUCACUUCUUAAAUUGUGUAUGUCUCGCUAACAAUUAGUAUUUUUCAGAAUGUUUUUAAAUGUACUAUUUAUUAUUAGUGUUGAAUGCAAUUAGAACAUUUUGCCAACUGCCUCCCAUGCGCUUUCUCCUGUGUCCUGUUGAACUGAAUGAUAGUUGAGUGCUCCUUACACAAGUCUAUUUGAGAAUGCAUGUCUUCAAAGCCAUCGUUUGAAAUGUUUUUGUUUAAAAAGUAGUCACUGAAUCAGACCCCCCCCCCCAUUUUGUCUAUUAUAGUACAUUUUUUCCCCUCUGCAUUAUUUGCAACACUUUAUAUGUUAAUUAUGUAAAAUGAGUGGACAAAAUAUUUUCACAUUUAGUUAAAAGUUGCAAAGAAUACUUAAAAUUUAAAGGAACAUUUCAGUUUUUCUACUUCAUAUUCAUCUCUAGCACCACCCCUGCAUCAACAUGUGAAAAUUGUGUUUUUUUUUGUAGUAAGAAAUAGUCAUAUAAGUGUUACCAAUGAGUAUGCAAUGCCAACUCGUAUUUGGUUUAAAUCCAAUGGUGCAUAUUAGGAAAACUUAUCUUCCUCUCUUUUAAAUUUUAAAUGUAUUUUUUUUACUAAACAUAAAUGUGCCAUUUUCACAUGUUGAUUUUGGGUAGAUGCUGGACAUGACAAAUAUGAAGUUGACUUUAAAAAUAUAUUUUUUUAUUUGAAGGCUUGUAUUUUAGAUUCUAGAUUUGAAUGUGUUGCAGUCAUUGUUUUAAAUGGUUGUAAAAUGUUAGUCAUAAUACUCAAAUAAUUACACUAACGUACAGAGUUUAUACUACAGUACUUAUCUACAUAUUCCUACACAUUUUGAUAAUGGACUGAUUUUUGUCUUAGUGCUUUGAACAGAAUUCAUAGUGUUGCUUCCACUACUGUUUUAACGAUAACUGAUGUCCUCACUCGUACAUUUUGAAUGCAACUGAAAUUGUAUUUUUGUGAGAUUUUGAUAAGGUGCAUAAUCAUUUGUCUAUAUUAUUUAGAUAAUUUGUUUUUCUGGUUUCCUGCCACACCAUAUGGUUGCUUGUGGCAAUCACACCAUGUGGUUGCUUGUGGCAAUCACACAUGCUCAACUGAGGGACUUUUUAGAGGUUUUAACAUAACAUCUCCGGUACCACUGUGUCAACCAUCACUGUAUACAUUUAAUUUCAGUGAGAAUGACCUGUUCAAUUAAGAUAAUCUUUCCCUUCAUGUUCCAGACUUGCUGUUUGUCAUGCUUAUGAACAAACUGGUAUAGUCUUUCUCCUUAAAUCAUGUUUAAAAUUGUAUGAUAGUGGAAAUGGGCUUGAACUUAGCUCUGACAUGUUUCAGACUGUUUAACAGAACUCUUUGUUCAAUGGAUGGGGGUUAGCUGACAACGUCACAAAAACGAUGCACAUGUUUCAAUGGGGCAGAAGUCUGUGUGUUGUGAUUCUGGAUGGCCAGAUGGCUAGAACCAAUACAAGAAGCUGCUCAUUUCAGUUUUCUUGUUCUUGAUACCAUGUCUUGUUUUUAGGUGUUUUGACUGAUGUCACAUCUUUGCAAAUAUGGCUAAACUUCACAGGCUAGCUAACCAACAACUGUAACAAUGUAUUUGAGAGACAAAUGCUCAUUGUGCAAAUGUAUUUAUGUUUUCAAUAAACAUUGGAGACUAAAUAUAGUUUACAUGUCAACAAUUUAAGCCAACACUCUGUUUUGCCCCAUAGUUGUGCACACAUUGGUUGGUUGUUAAGCAACAAAAGCAAUCUAUAAGCUGCCAAUGGACAAUUAAUCAGCUAGAAAUCAUGUAACACAGCUGUGGCAUACUGAUUUGAUGUGGUAUUUCGCUAUUGAUUGGUUUUGUAUAUAAUGGAAAGAGUUGACAUUAUGGGAGCUGUUUCCUAGUACUUUAACUGAUGCAUUAAGGGAACAGGUGUACGGUUCUACAGUCUGCUCAGUUUCUACAGUACUUGAGCCCAACCAUUGAUUCUUGUCACUCAGGUAAGCCUUUAUGAUGAUAUAUGAAGAGAAACACAUGGAUAUACUUUAAAAUGCACUGAAUCUCUAUCCCAGCAAGAUUGUAAUCACAGAUUUUGUAUUGUUAAAACUGAGGAAAUUGUAUUUUGUAUUACCAAGAGCAUUAUGCUUCCAUUCUGUGUUUUAUAUUAUAAGAUAAGACACACUAUCGUACUAUAUUUAGUUAAGGAUCGACUGGGACUGAUACAUGGAUAACUGUAUGCAGUCUGUCUUGUGUGAAUGCUUGUUGAACAUGAAUGACUACAAAAUAACACUGAUAUGAAAAUAGGAAGACAUGCAACAAAGUGCAAAGUCACUGCUACUCAUCUACUUCAUAAACUUUUCCAAAAGUUGUAUCAGUUUGUACCUAUUGUCACAUCUUGUUAAUGUUGUCAUGGUACCACAAACUCAGGUCUGGAAUAGGAAUGUUUGGGCUAUCUUUUGUUUAAAAUGUAUCUAAAAGUCUGCAUUGUUUUGUUGUGAACACGGUUAUUUUUUAAAAAUGUGUUUGAUAUAAUCCCAUGUCAAUAAAUGUUUGAAGAAAAAACCCUU